GCGGCUCGAGAAGAUAUAUAAUGGGAUGUGAAAUAGUACAAGAGGUUUCAACUACCACCAUCUCUUUGACAUCAAAGCCCUCUUCACCAUGAUGUUCGAUGACAACCACUACAUUAAAAUCCUUCGGCGCAAUUCAGAAAAGGCUCUCGAGGAGAAAUUGCGGCGUAGUUCUGACGGAGAAGCUUUCGAAUUGGUCGAGCAAGCAAUGAAUGCGUUUAUAGAUGAUAAUAUUGUGCGUCCCAACAUCCAAGAGCAUCAUCUCAGUCCUUUCACUGCUUCGUCUCUGUCUGCCUCUUCUUCACCACAACCUGAACGCCGCAAAGUUUCUGUUGAACCGGAACAGUUCGCCAAAGAGAUUUCCGACCGAGACAGUGAUUCCGAUGACGAUAAAGACCCGUAUGCACCGGAGUGUCUGCAGCGAUACCAUCCAGAGCAGGUGUAUUUCGUUCAGAACGGGAUGGUUUACGAACGUUCUAUGUUGUGAGUUCCUUCUUGAGAUAAUGCUGACGCAAUUAGUCUGUAACUUUGUGAAUAGAAACUGUCCAAGUGAAGACGCGCCUUUCAUCCCUACCACACCGACAUGUGUCGCGUUGAAUCUCAGAGUAGCGCCCAUGCUUUCAUCGGAAGACGAAGACGAGGAAGUUGGCUCAGGAAUCAACCCUCUAUAUUUGACUGCAGAUUCACCAACGCGUCUCACCUCACCCAGCCCCGACCUUCGGCCUAUGCGUUUUACUUCUCGUCCUCGCGCUCCCAAGCGCCGCCUUGACACCGUCAAGGACCUUCUAGAUGAUGAUGAAGACAAGGACGACGACAGAGACCCCACAGACGACGAAUAUUGUCCUUCCCCGCCUCUCCCCGCGCGUAAAAAGACUCGCGCUUCCGGACAUGCCCGCCGAGCCGCCUCUCGUGGUAAACGAGCUCCUCGCUCUACUAGUAGCAAGCCAACUCGCGUGAUGCCUCAGUCCCGGAAUAGCCAGUCAACUUCCCCGGCAUUCCUGAAGGUAGUGAACAAGAAGCGAGUGCGGAGCUGCGACUUCAUCUGUCCAGAGUGCGGCUUUGAACAGGAGAACAAGCGGAUGCCAGACUACCAGCGGCACCUACGGACUCAUGCACGACCGAGUGACGAAGACCAAAGCCGAGGUUGGUGGUGCAAGGGUGUCCCUGUCGAAGAGCGGUAUAAUUACGCAAUUCCGGCGGAGGCUAAGACGUAUUACUUCCAGGACCGACAGAGAAUUGGUGGAUGUCGACUUACUUUUAGUCGCCGGGACGCACUGAAGAGGCACCUCGACAACCCCAAUGUGUCGUGUGUCGGUAGUCCAUCCCUUGCUAAUGAUGAUUAAUAGAUUGUUCUUGCAUUCAGACAGAGGAUCUUGGCCUAGUAUUCUAUUGUAUAUUAGUGUAGUGUUUUGCAUUAUCACAUUUGUAUCC